AUGGACGACACCUCGAACAACCUGGAUGUCGAGGGAGAAAACUUUACAGAAGACCCCGGCCCCCGUGAACUCGAGGAAGUCGCUGGCCUGGGUAUCUUCAUCUCGCCUCAGAGACGGGUGCGUCCACGAACAGCCAGCAGACGUGCCCAGUUCAGUCCACCUCUAAGUCCGCCUCGCAGGAGCCCUCCGAUUACGAAUCUUGUGGGAAGCAUGUACGACACGAUCCUUGCACAGGCGUCUCCGGUGCUCAAGGCGGCUGCAAACCAGGAAAGAAAAUCAGAGCAGACCACGGACGAGGUAGAGCGGAGAGCACCACCUGGACAGGAUCAAAUUUCACCCGCGCUAUCGCAAACGUCCGGUAAUGUUGUGGACUAUUUCGACCAGGGUGAGUUCCAGGAGCCUCAGGAGAUGGCAGAGUCAAAGGAGUCUGAAAGAGCCCAAGGCCCUCUGGAAGCUCAGGAUUUGCAUGACGAAAAUACCCCAGACCAAUCGCAACCCGAUAAAAUCUUUUCCGAAUUGGAACUGCGAGCCAGAUACAGAGAGCUACUCGCGGAGAGAGACAAGUUGCGGCAACAGAAUAAGGAGCUGGGCGAGCAGGAGGUGGACAUGGCGAAGAAACAUCAAAAAGAAAAGGACCUGCUCCACCAGCAAGUAAUUGAAAUGGAAGCCCUUUAUCGCUCGCGAAGGCAGAAGGAAGCAUACCUCGAAGAAUCAGGGGAAAUGCUUCACAAGAGCUACUGCGGCAAUCAAGCGGACCUGGCAGAGAUGACACGCAAAUAUUCAGAGCUAUCUCGGACAAAGGCUGCAUUGGCGAAGGAGUUGUCCGACAUGAAGGAAGCAAAAUCCAAACUUCUGGAAGCAUGUCAAGCCAAAGACGAGGAGAUGGCCAAACUCAACAGGAUGGUCGAAGAGGUCACGACGUGUAGUCUACAAUUUGAGACUAUGUCCCAGGUCAGUGAGCAGAAAUGCGAGGAGAUUCGCCAGCGCGUCAAGGCCUGUCACGACUGGGUCAAGAAUGUCCACCAAGAAGAAGUUCAAAGAGAUCAGGACCAAGUCCGAUUCUGCGACACUCGAAUGAAUGCGCUGUUGCCCAAGAAGCGACGAGUUCGUCACUCUGCAGCAUCGGCGGCAGCGCGUUACCAGACUCUGGAGGCAUUCCUCAACUCACCGGGCAGCAGCGUCGCCUCUCCGUUGGAAAACCUAGUCAAUUCUCCUAAGAAUGCCACUGUCAGGCACACGCCGCCCGUGGACAGAGACUCGAUCGGGUCUAAUCGUUCAAGCCUGCAGUUUUCCCUGCACAACUCUCCUGAUAACAUUCUACAGCGGACCUCGUCAAUACCAUCAGGCUCCGCGGGAAGCACUCCGGACUGGUUCCGCGAUGCCCUUCUUGGCCUGCAAUCGGCGGCAGCCAGCCCUGAACUGCUAAACUUGGCUGUAGUGGAGCAUGAAAACGCUUCUCCAGGUCACUCUCGCAUGUCUCUCGACGUGGCGGAUUUAAAGAGGCUCAUAAACGCGUCAGGACUACAGUCCUCGGGUCCUCAAACCAGCCCAGACCAUAUUCUGCGCAUGUUGGACAGCCCAAGUCGUCCUGAACCCUUGAGACUGCAGACUAGCAGCGACCAAACUGAAGAUGAGGACAAGGUAGAGGCAGGUGAGCCGAUCUCGGUUACAGACGACGACGAGUCGAAUAUAUCCAUGGAAACAACUGAAACUGAAGACGGCACCGACUAUGUCACUUCAACCAGUCCUCAGUGCAUGCUCGUGCAAUCAGAAACAGGACAAUCUGAUAAUGUGCCUCUGGAUAGGAGCGAGGCAAGGUCCAUGAAUUCUGAACGGCAUUCCACGGGCACAGACAAGCCCCCUAGCUCAACUGAUGCUGAUCCGGAAUUCAAAGAGGACGGCGUGGAAGUGGCUUCAGAGGGCCAGCGGUUGCCGGAAGCUGGGAAUGCCUGUGCGGACGAGUCGACAUCGAAAGCCUCCAUCAAUCUACCUCAAAGCCCUGGCAAACCUACUCGGCGAGUCAAUGUGCUUCAGAUGACAGGCAUUGGCAGUGUCGGAAUCACAGCAUCGAGCGACCCGCUGCCUGAAUCCAGCAAUGUAGCGGGUGAUCGGUCAUCUGGAGCCAACAUCAGCGGAGUCAUUACUCCACAGAAAACUUCAGUCAAAGACAUCGUCAAUCAGUUCCAAGGGCUUUCCCAAAUCGACCCGUCACCUAGGAGGGAGGGCUUUGGCUUGAGCUCUGUUCGUGCAGCACUGCAGUCUCCUAGCAACAAUCCGAAUUCGGAUAAAACCAUGACAUUUCCGUUGGUUGAAGACGUUUCUUCUGGGACACAACCUGGCACGCAUAGUCUCCCACUUGAGAAUGCCUUGAAGGGGGCCAGAGACCAGAGGCGGACCAGCAUGAGCGAAAAGGCUCGCGUGUCGGCGAAGAAGCUCGCUCCCAUCAAAACAAAACCGACAGCGCUUCCGGCUUCAACUUCUAGCCCGACGAGAAGUUCACCACUUCGACAAUCCAUUGAACCUGUGGAAGAAACGAUUGCCGAAGAAAUCAUGUCUCCAAUCUCGCCUUCCGUGUACAAGGACAAGCUUGCAGAAACUGCAGCCACAAGCAGUGCCAUACAGUACCCCGAAACUCCUGGGCUUCGCAGACGGUCACCCAUGUCUCCGCAACAACCGCCGCUCACGGCAGUCCCAGUCCUGUCCCAGGAUGACCGGCGUGAAGGGGCGCACACUGGCGCCAAAUCGAGGUCACCAUCGCCCGCAGGCACAGACAGUACAUGCUUCAGUAGGUCCCCUGGAAUGAGCCAGAGUUCUCCUGGAACGACGCAUAGUUCCCCCGCAAUGAGUCAGAGUUCUCCUGGAACGACACAGAGCUCCCCUGGCACGACCCUCGUGGGCUCAGAGUAUUCCGGUGGUUCUAAGAGCCGUGAGGUCAGCUUCUCACCGGAAACCCAAUGGGACAGAAGGAGUACAAGAAGCAGAUCGUCAAGUUCCUCUAGGCUGGCUGAGAAUCCACCGCCAUCGUCUGUUGGUAGUCCUAGCGAACGCCAUUCCCAAGUGGUAAAAACUCCUGUUACAGCCACGAGAGCCACCAUGUUCGAACCUCGACAACCAGUGACAGACAUCUUUAUCGUCAUUGAUGAUAAAUCUGAAAGCACGCCGGACCUUUACGACAGUAUCUCUAAAGGCGCUCUCAAAACUUUGUCCUCUGAGUCUGCACCUGCAGGUCCGAUGUCUAAAGGGUCAAUACCCAACAGUCGACUCAGAAAGGGCUCUGUUUCUGGAACCACGAUCAAGGCCGCCACCGCACCAGUCGUUUCAGCGGCCAAGUCUUUCGCAAAUACACUUGGCUCCCUCGGCCGCAAGGCUUUAGGCAGGGUUCCAGCUGAAGACGAGACCGACUCAGAAGCCGAAGCCGGCUACGAAACGGUAUUUACUCCGUUCUUGGGAGCAGGAUGGAAAGCAGAGAGUUCUCCAGCUACCACAGACCAGGGAGCCACUUCUGGACCUACAGGUGGAAACGAAGCAGAAGCAGAAGCAGAAACACAAGCAGAUCCUGAUCCGAAGUUGGAGAUCGCGGAAAGUGACUCUGACUCUGACGAUGACGAUGAUGAAGAUGAAGAUGACGAUGAAGGAGGAGUGACCAUCAGUCAAGCAGAAUCCUCGACUCCUCGAUGGCAAAGCAGUCCCUCGUCUACCCCAAGGUCCGGGCCACCAAGUCCCUCCUUCUGGUCUGGCCUCGGAGACCAAGGACCCCGACUUAUCUUCGUCUCUAUCGUCGUGGCGUACGUCGCUUUGGCGCUGUUCAUCCUUAUACGGGGUCCUCUGUUCUCGGCUCUGUAUCUCGACGGGGAUAAGAUGACAUCUAGGGGUUUCUUGCACCGUUCUCAGCAAGUCAUCAACCCUUCCCGAACCGAUUCCACCGGUCCCGUCGAGUCGUGGCCUGAAAGAGGCGUUCCUGGUCCGAUGGAUGUGGGCAUCGGUAUUGAUAUUGAUAUUGGCAUUGACGACGACACGACAUUCCCGUCCAGUGCUCCAAAGAUACCAGACACGCAGGUGCCCAUCGUGGAGGUGGAUGGUGUUUCAAUGGUUUCAACCUCCAGCCCAAGUUCCAGUUCAACUGCCAUAAACUCAGUCAUCGAACCCGAAGUUCAUGUCACCUGCGGUCCUAGCGCCAUGCCAUGCCAGGGUGCAGCUGAUCAUCCGGAACCUGAAUCCACGGCUCCAACAUACGAAGAAACGAGGCCGCUGCCGCCAAUGACCGGACAAACCGAUGCUGCUGGAUCGUCGAUAAGAACCACCUUCAAUACUCCUCUCACUGCCACUGACUCUCGCUCUCGCUCUGGCCCAAGACCAGCCUGUGACUCUGAGACCGGCGGCGCUGCGGCAACAAGACGGGGUACCAAGACCGGGACCGCGACCGCGACUCCUGGAAGCCGAAUUGCCCAAACGAAUUCCUUAUCGCCGCACAGUCUUGCCAUCCGCUCCAUCAUCAACAGGGCCAUUAAUCUUGUCUCUCAAGCCAAAGGCAGAGCUGUAGAUUACAGAUUUGUGUUUGGACGAAAUCACCCACUUAUCCAAAUUGUCGAAGAGAAGCAGCAGAAACAGCAGGGCAUUCCUCAUCGUCUGGCUUCUGCAACCAUCACAACCACAACUCGAUCCAGCAGUCGGGACAUAAUGACCGAGACCCAGACCCAGAGCCAGGAGAAUCAGAGUCGAGUUUGGAGUCAAACCCAAAUGGAAAUUACUCACGACAGACACCACACCGACACCGACGCCAGCACAAAUGACUCUGAGGCGGACACUGAUGUCGUCUCUGAGACAAGUACUUACCCGGCUACCGAUCCAGUCUUGGUAAAGACGAAGUCGACUCCAUUGGCUCCGCCCAAGCCGCCGCCGACGUUGCGGAGAUCUACCAUGAAAACUGGAACUGGUCCCACAUACUGGGGCUUCGUGCCGAGUAUUCAGCGCAGAAUUGAUAUUGCUAGGUUCGAUUUCGGGAUUGGAAUUUGA